AGAAAAAAUGUUGAGAAUGUGCUACACUACACAAUCACGCUGGAAAAGGGAGAUGCAGAAGCUGUUUUGAGGCCAAUUAAUGCAGUUCUCAACUCAGGGGGUGGCAUUGUGCGGAUGAAAAUUGAUGACUUCUCAAGGUAUGAACCAGGAGACCUUAAUAAGAGAAUUGAUAUAUUUUGGCAAACAUUAGAGCAAAAACUGAAUCUAAUGAUCCAGCUAUCAGCGUAUGAUGAUGUCUUUGAUAGAAAACUUGAAGGAGACACAAUUGUUCUUUUCAUCAAAGCAACAGAGCAUUUUUAUACAGUGGAUUACAAUUUUCAUUUGCCCUUUGAUGCAGCGUCUACGCAAUGUGUGCCUCGCGAAAAAGUUGUUGAUUUAUUAUCCAGGAGAGAUUCCCUUGAAAACCAUACUCCUGAGGUUCCUUUAACAGAACUUCCGAUGGAUUUGUUACCCAAAAAUCUCACGUACAAGGAGGUACUGAAUAUCCCUGAAUCAAAAAAAGUGCAACUGAAAUGCUACACAUCAGAUCAUGGACUAUUUCACAACAAUAACCAAAAGGCUCAAGACGAAAUCGCAGAAUACAUCUCCUGCUUUGGAAAUGGAAGUGGAGGGAUGAUUCUUAUUGGUAUUAAGGAUAAAACAGGGGAAAUUCUUGGACAAGAGAUUACAGCCGAUGGCAAAGCAGAAUGGGAGAGUGGGUUUCAAGCCAUCAUUAACCAAAUGAGUGAAACAUGGAGCUUUACCCCAAUACAGGGGGCACACUGGGAUAUAGUGUUCUUUCCUGUUGAUGGCACCAAAUCAAGUUUUGUUAUAGUGAUUCUUAUAGCUGGCAUGAGGAACUUGGGUGGCAUUUUCAAGAAAUGCCCCAAAAGCUUUGAGCUGCUGAAUCCUUCAGGAUCUGAUGGAGGGGAAGAGAUUGUCCCCCUUAAUUUCACUGAGUGGAAGCGGAGAAUGCUGCGUAGGGCAUGCCUAGGUCAAAGUAAAGGUGAGUACAUUGUUUAUCAGGCCCAUCACUGA